CAAUUCGUAGAGAACAGAUUAUCGGAAAUCAGAGAAUUGAGUGGCGUAGAGUGCUGGCGACAUGUACCUGGGAAGUGCAACCCUGCAGAUCUACCAUCUCGAGGUGUUCGGUUGGAAGAUUUAGCUGAUAAUAGUUUAUGGUGGAAUGGUCCAACUUGGCUUCACGAAUCUGAAGAACAUUGGCCUCAAUUCAAGAAUGCAGAGCCUGACGAAGCAGCGGAGAAAGAAAUGAAGUUGAGCGAAAGAUCGUUAGCGACAUCGGACGGUUCUACACACGUGUCAGUAACUCAAGUUCAGAACAGGCGUAUAAAUCUAGAACUAUUAAUCGAUCCAAAAAGAUACAGUUCUUCAUUGAAAUUAUAUCGGGUUACAGCCCUGGUAGUAAGAUUUGUGAAAAUACUCAAACACAAUUGCACGGCGGCAGAUAGUCGACAGCGGAAACGUAUCACAACUGACGAGAUAAAGGAGGCGGAAGUGCUAUGGUUCCAAACCGUUCAGAGAACCAUUAUCGAUGGUAGGAAAUUCUCACAAGUGCAAAGGUCUCUAGGACUUUACAGCGACGAUUCAAAGCUUCUACGUUGUAAAGGAAGAAUAUCUCAAGCGGACAUACCGACCGAAACGAAGAAUCCGAUUAUUCUACCGAACUACCAUCAUUUAACUUCGAUUAUCAUUCGUGAGUGUCAUGAACGAGUGCUUCAUAAUGGGGUGCAAGACACCUUAUGCUGUUUAAGAGAACGAUUCUGGAUUGUCAAAGGUAGACAAACAGUUAAACGUGUGAUUGGGAAGUGCGUAACUUGUCGUAAAUUCGAAGGAAAGGCUUAUACACCGCCAACUCAAGCAGACCUUCCCAAAUUCCGUGUUACUCAAGAUUUUCCAUUUAGUCACGUUGGGGUAGAUUUCGCGGGACCAAUUUACGUAAAAUCGGUUGCUAAAGGGCAAACCGAAAUGACCAAAGCGUAUAUUGCACUUUAUACAUGUGCAAGUACUCGAGCAGUCCAUCUGGAAUUGGUUCCAAACCUGACAGCUGAUGCGUUUAUUCGAUCAUUUAGGAGAUUCAUUAGUCGAAGAGGUAUUCCAAAGUUGAUAUUAUCGGACAAUGCUAAAACAUUUAAAUCCUCAAGCAAUAAAUUGUCAGCAUUACUCGAUUUACCGGAAGUCCAAGAAUUGUUACAGUCCAGACGAGUUGAAUGGAAAUUCAUAGUCGAAAAGGCCCCUUGGUGGGGUGGGUUCUGGGAGCGAAUGGUCAAGUCGUCGAAGCGGUGUUUAAAGAAAACAUUAAAGAAUGCGAGAUUAAGUUACGAUGAACUUAAUACAGUUCUUACGGAAGUAGAAAGUGUACUAAACUCAAGACCUCUGACGUAUGUUGAAUCUGGCGAAAUGGAAGAAGCUUUAACACCUUCUCAUUUAUUAAUGGGAAGACGUUCAAUUUUGAUGUCAAAUUCGAGGUGUGAAAGAGAAACGGUAGACAUGUCUGGAACGGAGUUAACAAAAAGAGCGAAGUAUCUAUGUAGGUUAACUGACAGUUUCUGGAAAAAAUGGCAUAAGGAAUAUCUUCUGAGUCUUAGGGAACAACAUCGUGGCUCGUUGAGCGUGACGAAAGAAACAUAUAUCAACAUUGGUGAUGUAGUUAGUGUGCAUGACGAGAACAGAUCUCGAGCAAAGUGGCGUUUGGCAAGAGUUCAUGAGCUAAUACGUAGUACAGAUGGGAAAAUACGCGCUGCUAUUAUUAGAAUUGCGGGGGACAGCAAGAAAUCAACGUACAUACGGCGCCCCGUUCAGAAACUGUUUCCAUUGGAGCUUAGGAACGAACAUACCCAACAGGAUGAAAAGGAGGAUCGUAGAUCAAGAAGAAAGGCAGCAAUUGUCGGAGAAAUAAAGAGACGUUGUGUUGACAAAUAA